AGUGAAUUCGGCCACGGGCUUGGAGUCGUCAUACAAACACCAUCGACGGGGCCGGUCGGAGUCAUCAUCGUCUUGCACGAGGGCGUACGUGAUAUAGUGACCCCUUACAGCACUCGAACCGCUGUGCACCACAACGGCUAGCAACCACAGACACAAACAGAGGGAGAGAGUCACACACACGUGCGCAUGGCUGCCUCCCCCCAGUCAGCUCACUCACCGGUCAGUUUGUGUUUGCCCCGAUCGCCGUCCGAUGACGAUGCAGCCGCCGAGCCGUUGUUGGCGGCGUAGGCGUCGAGGUUCAACUCCAACCGCAGCUGCACGUGGGUCUUCACCUGCAGAGACACAGAAACAGGCCAACGGACGGAUGGAUGAAUGGGAUGGAGGGGUGUGGGUCGUCCCUCUCUCUCUCUCUCUCUCCAUCCACUUCCGGCAUUGUGCCCUCCGAUAUGGUGCUUUACGGAAGAUGUCGAGAAGGCGCGGCAGCUUGGCGGUGAUGCAGUACAAAGCUGGUGGGGUAUAAGGCCGAGUCGCAUCUCAGCAGCCCAUUUGCAAGAAGGCCGGAUCUCCCACCAAAGGCCAUGGUGUGUGUGUACGUGAUAUAGGUACGAGUAGUGCACCGGCUCGUGUGUUGCGGCCUCCCCUCCCCAGCCGACCGAGGUUCUCGGUGGCCUUGUCUGCACACACACACGAAUCAACCAGGCAGAGCAGUGAGCGGUGGUGGACUUCUCCUGCCUCCUGCUGUCUGUCUGUCUGUGUUGGUAUCACCGCUCAGCGCGGCAAAAGUUUAGCCCAUUCCGCCCACCUUCUCCUUCCGCAUGGUGUACGACGCCCCACCUGAUCGACAGACAGAGAGGGAGUCCAACCAGCGGUGCAGUCCGUGUGUGCGUCUUCUGUCGCCCUGUGCUGUGCUGCACUGUCGGGCGGCUCGGCUUCUCACUCUGCAGCAGGUAUGUGGCCAGGGGGCGCACUCGCAGGAUCUUCUGCAGCACUGAUCUGAUGAGAGCCAGCAGCUCUGGUCAAUGUUGCAGAAGACCGCGUCCCGCGGCCACUGCAAGCCACGCAUACAGCCACAACAGCACAUACCAUAUAGGAGUGCACAAUGCCCCGAGAGACGAGGGAUACCCUCCAGGUCGCUCACCCUUUGUGUCCACUGCUCGUCGUACGCUGUCGGCGUGGCAAAGUUGGGGCUGUUCGAGGCCACUGUGAGCGUCGAUGCCCUGCCCUUGGCUGGGGUCGGUGGAGGGUGACGGGGCGAUGGCGAUGGCGCCGCUGAUCGGCAUCGGGCCUCUCGGCCUGUGGACGACAUGGUGGGCUGGGGUGCGUACUUUCCUCGGAAUCUCAUUUUUCGCGAGAGGAGCGGCUGUCUGUUCAAAGCUCCCAACAACAGAUGCACUUCAUUCUCACGGGCGCCAUUCUGAGGAAUGAAAG